UUCAGGACUAAUUUUGCAUAGCACAGGAAGAUGUCAUGUUGGGAGUGCGUCGACCGAGUUUAGUUCGUCAAAUGGCGUUCCGACAAGACUCCAAGGAUACUGAUUUAACAGUACGGCACAGCCAUCUCGCACCGCCAACUGUACCUCCGGACAGCCCACGGCCUCAGAAAGAUGCUCAAAGCGAGGUAAUUGGCUCAUCGAUGAUGGUCACAAUGAAAGUGCCUGAGACAAAGAAAGAAAACAACGUUGUGCGGAUGGAAUCCAUUCAGUUGGAAGAGAAACGGAAAUAGAAUCAAAACAUUGCAUAUUUAUUGUUCAUGUUAUACAUAUACGUUUUGUUGUAUACGCCUUGGUAAUCAGUACAUACUUGGAGAUGUUGUAUAAAGGAAUUUUUUAAUGCUUUUG